AUGGCGCACACCAAAGUGGUCGGCUAUAAGAUGCAGUCGUGCCCUCACGACAUGGGAGAGCUCUUCACUAACAUACCCCCAGGCGGAACAGCAGGCUGUCUCCUCGCCCACCGCCUCUCCACCUCCGCCGCGCGCCCCUCCGUCCUCGUCCUCGAAGCCGGAUCCCAGCCCGAUGGCGAAUACCUCACCGCGCCCUUCCACCGGUGCCACCCGCUGAUGCUCCGCCCGGACCUCGACCAUGGCUACGUCUCGGAAGCAGAACCCCGUCUCAACGGCCGCGAGAUUGCCUACACGCGCGGCAAGGGGCUGGGCGGCAGCUCGAUACUUAAUUUCGGCGUGUAUUUGUACGGCAGCAAGGAGGACUAUAAUCGCUGGGGCGACGAGGUGGGCGAUGCAGAGUGGAAGUGGGACAGUGUGAAGGACAGUUUCCAUGCGAUUGAGACGUAUGAUUUCGAAGGAAUCAGAGAAUAUGCGCAUCUUGCGGAUCCGUCGGGCGAGGGGCAUGGGACGGCGGGAGGGGUGAGGGUCGGGCUGCCGCCCGUGCUGGAGAAGGGGGUUGUGCCGCAGAUGGAGGCGCUGAGGGAUGCGGGGGAGAAAUUGAAUAAGGAUCCGAAUUCGGGGGAUCCGAUUGGGAUGAGUGUAUUUCCCAUGAGCUAUGACAAGAGGGGGAGGUGCACGAGUGCCAUGGCGCAUUUGAUGGAGUCGCCGAGUAAUUUGGAGGUUUGGACGGGGGCGACGGUGAGGGACUUGGUGUUUGAGGGAGAGAGGGUUGUUGGUGUCAGGACUGCGGAUGGAAGAGAAGCAUCCGCAAGUAAGGACGUCAUCCUUUGCGGUGGUGCAAUUGACACACCCAAACUCCUCUUACUCAACGGCAUCGGUCCUAAAGCUGAGCUCGAAGCGCUUGACAUCAAAGUCAGGAAAGAUCUCCCAGGCGUCGGCAAGCACCUGCAAGACCACGUCUUAACCUUCAUCAGCGUAGAAGUCGACAGCUCGGUAAACGACCGCUGGACCUUCGAAUCCAACCCGGAGCUCAUCGCUGCCGCACAAGACUCCUGGAACAAAGACCGCACCGGCGCCCUCAGUCUGCAGCAAAGCGUCAUGUGGGGAGGCUUCCACAAACUCCCCGGCCUAGAAAACACGCCCGAGUUCCAAUCACUCCCCAAAGCAGAGCAAGAAUUCCUCAGCCGCGACGCGGUGCCGAUUUACGAAUUUAUCAAUGGCGCACUCAUGUGGCCUCCCGGCACGCAACUCGAUGCAAGCAGCACGUACAUGACGUUCCUCGCGUUCCUGAUGAACCCGCAGAGCGAAGGCUCUGUCACGCUGCGCUCCAAGAACGCAGACGACAAACCCAUCAUUAACCUCAACUUCCUCUCGCAUCCCUACGACGCACUCGUCUUCCGCGAAGCGAUCCGCGAAACGUGGAAUAAAAUCGUGCUGAAUCCCGUCAUCGCGCCGACCGUAAAGCGCACGCUUUGCGGACCGGCGUCAACGUCUGACGCAGACAUCGAUGCGUUUGCAAAGGACAAUGCGAACACGGUUUGGCAUGCGAAUGGCACGGUGAAGAUGGGCAGGGAGGGCGAGGCAGGGGCUUGUGUGGAUUCGAGCGGGAGGGUGUUUGGGGUGAGGGGAUUGAGGGUGGCGGAUCUGAGUGUGUGCCCGCACACGACGAAUAAUCACACGCAGGCGACGGCGUAUCUUGUGGGGCAGAAGAUGGGGGAGAAGUUGUGCAGGGAGUAUGGGUUGGAGAAGGGGUUGCGGAAGGUGGAUAGUAAGAUGUGA